AUGGCACAGGAACCGUUUCUGUUAAGAUGGGGAAUAAUGGCCACCGGCGCCAUGUCUGAGUAUUUCUGCAAAGACCUCUUGACAAACCCAGAUACCCGCGGCGUGACUGACGUUCAACAUGCCAUCACAGCAGUCUCGUCCUCUAAAGACCACCUCAAAGCUGUCGAAUUCCUCGCCCGCAUCGGCCACCCUUUGACUGCUGGGGUUUCUACAUAUGGAUCCUAUGCAGCACUUGUACAGGAUCAAAGUGUUGACAUCAUUUACAUCGCCACCCCACAUAGUCACCAUUUCCAGAACGCGAUGCUAGCUCUUCAGGCAGGAAAGAGCGUUCUUUGCGAGAAGGCCCUUACUGUAACUGCUGCCCAGACCCGACGACUGUAUGAAACUGCGAGAGGGAAAAAGCUCUUCUUUUUGGAGGGUGUGUGGACGAGAUUCUUCCCGCUAAGCAUGAAGAUACGACGGCUCGUCAGCUGCGGAACUAUCGGCCAGGUUUACCGUGUUACUGCGGACUUGUCUCGCGCGAACAGUAGUGGAGAUAUCGGAAGCAAGAGACUCGAUUAUGAAGAUUCGCAUCGUAUGGUCAACCCUGACUUGGCUGGCGGCGUCCUGCUGGGACUUGGCAUCUACCCGCUGACCUGGGUUUUCCAAAUUCUCUUUCAUCUUCAACCGGAGGACAAGAAAGAACAACCACAGGUACUAUCUGCUGUUCAAAAAUAUUCCACGGGAGUUGAUGAGUCGACCACAAUUAUCCUCAACUUUCCAAAGCAUGGCACAAUGGGCAUAGCCACAUCAUCGCUUCGGGUUGCGACAGAUCCUGGCAAUUCCAACACACCAGCGAUACGAAUCCAGGGCUCGUAUGGCGAGAUACAAGUGGACCAUCCAGCGUAUAAGCCUCAAUCCUUCAAGAUAAUUCUACGUCGGAAGAAGGAGCUGUCGAAAAGCGAGAGGAAUUGGGGAAAUGGUACAUUUUGGGAGGCAGACGAGGCUGCACGUUGUAUAAGGGACGGGCAAUUGGAAAGUGAUAUUAUGCCGUGGUCCGAGAGUAUACUAAUCAUGGAAACUAUGGAUAAGGUGUUAAAGGAUGCCGGAAUCUUCUAUCCCGAGUUGAUCGCUACACACGAGUUUGACCCUCUUAGUCCGCUCAAUAUUGGGGGUUGA